CAGCUUGGUAGACCGGUAGCCACAGCGCCUCGAAUAUUCCUGUCCAGACUGGGGUCGAUUAUUCCGAAUAUCGCCGUGCGCGCAGUGUUGUUCACCAUGAGAUGAGAGGGCCGCUUUAGACCUCGCUACAACCUCACCUUCGAUAACUGCCAAUACCGCCGAGGCCGGGUCGAUUGCGAUAAGUCCGCCGCCCUCGCCCAGUUCGCGGACCCGGAGCCAUCCCGAGGAGGAUUCGCUGCAUCUUAAUCAUUCGUCCGCCCGGUUGUUAGGACGAGACGCUUGGAUCAUGAUGGCCACCACAUUACCUAAACCCCGUGCGUCGAAUGGCCCACCAGCCACCUCCCUUCCUGCUUUACCCGUACCAAAGACUCGGAAGAGCACUGGCGGCCUAGCGACCCCUAAAAGCGGUCUACGAGCACCGUCAGCAAACUUUUACCCCGGCCCUCCUCCCUCUCCUGCACCUACUACAGCACUCCCCAUCCCGAGAAGCUCACAUGGAGUGAAUAGCGCCGGAAAGACCAUCAGGAAAACUGUCAGCAUAAACUCGUUUCCCCAACCGCCGAGUCGCGGCGUCAGCCAUCCCCCGAACCCAUUAUCGGGGUCCCUUACACCCACCAGGAAAUCCCGCCCCCCACAACCAGCCUCAAAACUAGGCCAUCUAGGCGGUGGUGUACCCAGUCUACUGAACGGCAGUGGAGAGGGUAGAUCAUUGCUAGGCGGAGCCGGCGCGAGAACUUCGGAUGGGCUUAUGAGCGUUUCCUCUCCUCCCCAAAGUCGCAGCUCGUCCGCCCAAGAUUCGUACUCGACUUCGGCGACCACUUACGACGACCCUGCCGAUGCGAUGGCGACAUCAUCUAGCGAUAAGCGCGUAUCGAGGGGGGCGGAGGGGAGCAAAGGAAACGUCAUUGUCAGUGUCAGGGUGAGGCCAGACCUCGGGAGCAAUGCCAACAACAAGCCCGAAGGGGAGUGGAUGGUGGAUGGCCGCAGGUCUUUGAUAGCCUAUCGCGGACGCGAGGGGGGCGAUUACUAUUACGAUAACGUCUUCACGACGCACGAUGACAAUAGCCGAGUCUACGACCACAGCGCCAAACGUUUAGUUCGCCGAGUUAUGGAAGGUUAUCACGGUACCGUGUUCGCAUACGGCAUGACGGGCACGGGGAAGACUUUUUCGAUGCAGGGCACCGCAUCAUCACCAGGCGUGAUCCCGCUCGCCAUCACCGAUAUCUUCUCGUACAUCCGCGAGACUCCCUCCCGCGAAUUCCUGCUCCGCGUCAGCUAUCUGGAAAUCUACAACGAGAGGAUCCACGAUCUUCUCAGUAUGCCGGCGGCGAACGGGGCCGGGGCGGGCGCGCAAGAUGAAAUCAAACUGCGGGAGGACAGCAAGCGGGGUGUGUACGCUACUCCAUUGAAGGAGGAGAUUGUGCAAAGUCCCACGCAGCUCUUGCGAGUGAUCGCCCGCGGCGACCAGGCUCGCAGAACCGCCAGCACACAGUUCAACUCCAGGAGUUCUCGCAGUCACGCGGUCGUGCAGAUUGUUGUCGAGAGCAGAGAGCGCAUCCCCAGCGGCGGCUCAGCCGGAGAGAGCAAGCGCUCAGGCCUACUACCUGGCGGCGUCCGCGUGUCCACAUUGAGCCUGAUCGAUCUGGCUGGUUCAGAAAAGGCGGCGGAAUCUAAGGAGCGCCGAGCUGAGGGUUCCCAUAUCAACAAGAGUCUGCUAACCCUAGGCACCGUCAUCUCGAAGCUCUCGGAGCAGAAGGAGAAGGAUGGCAAGGUCACCGAUAAGGACGGGAAGCACUUACCCUACCGCGACAGCAAACUGACCCGACUCCUCCAAGGGGCCCUCUCGGGAAACUCGUUGGUCAGCAUCUUGUGCACGAUUCAAACUGGCUCCGCCGGCAGCGCCGCCACCGCGAACAGCCACGCCAGCGAGACCAUAAACACGCUCAAAUUCGCGUCAAGAGCUAAGAACAGCAUCGUAAGUCAUGCUAAACGAGCCGAAGAAGCGCUCGGCGCCGGGGGCGAAGGUGGUGCGAGGGUCCUCCUGGAGCGAUAUAGGAUGGAGAUCCAGGAAUUGAGAAGCCAACUCGACUCCCAAGCCAAGGCGGGUGCUAGCAAGGCCGAGGACGAGGAGAAGGUCAGGGAUGAGGAGGAAGAACGCGCCCGAGAAAAGGAAGCCGAAGCCCGGCAUGAGGAACAGAUGCUGGAGAUGCAACUCGCUCGUACAGCGUUGAAAGAGCGCAUAGACCAUCUAAACCGACUUAUUCUCAGCUCCAAGUCGACGGGAGUCAACACCGGAGGGACGUACAGCGCCUUAGGGAUGCAUCCCCGAUACUCCCAGACCUCUAUCCGGACGUCGAUCGCCACUUCUGCUGGCAGCCGCCCGGCGCUAGAGAGAACAGCCUCCAUGGGGUCGUCUGCUUCUACGAUCGGUCGGCGGUCAAUCUCGCGGCAGCGUUCAAGCAUGGGGGAUCCGGGGUCUAACGAAGAGGAAGAUAGCUUGGGCGAAUACGGUGACGGCACCGCAUCUCUCCAAGCCCAAAAUCGGGCCUUGCAAGCAGAUCUCGCGGAUAAGAAUCGAUACAUCGCAACUCUCGAGAAACGUCUUCUCCAGGCUCGUCGCGCGAGCUCAUCGCGGGUGUCGGUCGGGUUUUCAGCGCCGAACAAGGGCAUCAUGGUCGGAGAAGAUCAUAGCGUCUCGGCCAUGCUAAAGGAAAAAGACACCGAAAUCGCGGAGCUGAGGGCGAGACUCGACGAUAAGGAUCGAAUGCUGUCGGCUCUGCGCAGCGCCGCCCGCUCGCGGGAUGCCGCCGAGGCUAUCGACACCACGAGGACCGAGGCUCGAUCUUCCCUUCUAUACGAACAGGCGGCAAGCCCACCACCGCAGGGAGGCCUUCCCACCCCGCCCGCACCGGGUCAGAAAGGGGACUCGCCGAUCCGGAAGCGGACUAAGAGCAUCGACGAGAUGAGCCGGAUACUCGACGAGAUGAUCCAGGACAGGGUCGAGGCGGGCCACAUCGUGCGAGGCUCCCGCGGCAGCGUCCGCGUAGCCAACGAUGGCAAGGUCGAGGUGUCGAUAGGGCAUAGCAGUUCAGACCCUGAGCGGUUAGGAGGGAACCCCCCGAUAAUAAACGAGUCGAAACAAGUCGCGCUGGAGGCGUAGGGGCCGUCCCCACGCGCGGCUCGAGGAGCGACGACGUGCGGCAUCUGUGCGAAUUAACGAGGCGUUUCGGUUGGGCUCUGCUGCUUCUGCUGUCAUUUUAAAGUGUUGCCGCAGCGUCGGACAACGG